UCUUAUCAGAAAUAGCCAAUCCCCAUAGUCAUCCAAAUGAGAUGUUUGCUUAUCUUAUCCAUACAAAAAUGAAAUCAGGACAGAAAGGAAAUUAAAACGUCAGUGCUACUUUACUUGCCAAAGACUUCAGACGUGAUCGUAAAAAUGUCUCGUUUUGACGAAGAGAAUUUCAAGAAGCUUGAGCUUAACGUCAAGUUUAACGUUAUUCCCAAGACAAGAUUGAAGAAAUUCAAUCAGCAUUUUAAAGGAUACACUACAGGACUGGUUCGAAGUGAGCCGGGAAAGUUUGUCUUUACGCCAUUGUACGCAAAACACGCAGACAGACUUUACCGGAUGCAGCCGAGAACUGAUGACGUUUGGCUACUUACGUUCCCCAAAUGUGGUACAACUUGGACUUCUGAACUGUUAUGGCUUGUCAUGAACAAUUGCGACACGGAGAAAGCCACUUCAACCCCUUUGUUUCUUCGUGCUCCUUUUAUAGAAGUGCCAUUUCUUACCUCAGAGACUGAACUAUCACCUGAAAGAAAUAAAAUGCUGAAUUCUGCCGACAAGAUGUCGUCACCGCGGAUUUUCAAAAGUCAUAUGCCAUUCUAUUUACUUCAUCCCAAAUUACUCGAUACCUCGAAAGUGGUUUACGUCGCCCGAAACCCCAAAGAUGCCAUCGUCUCAUUUUAUCACCAUCACAAGUUGAUUAAAUUUCACGAUUAUCAAGGAACCUUGGAAGAAUUCGCCCAGUAUUUCAUGGAUGACGAAAUUUUGUAUUCGCCGUUUUUCCCGCAUAUGCUCGACGCCUGGUCCAAGCGCAAUCACCCGAAUAUGCAUUUCAUGUUCUUCGAAGACAUGAAAAAGGAUUUACGAGGCGAGAUCGUCAAAGUGGCCACGUUCCUCAAUCAAUCGCCGACUGAUGAGCAACUGGACAAGAUAACGGAGCAUUUGAGGUUUGACAAUUUCGAAAAGAACGAAUCAGUCAACAACGAGGCCGGCAAGAAACAGGGCUGGAUGAAUCCUGACGGCAAGUUUAUCCGCAAAGGUAAAACAGGAGAUUGGAAAAAUCACUUCAGUCCGGAGUUAAACAGCCGAAUUGACGAGUGGAUCGAGAAAAACUUGGCCGGUUCCGAUUUGAAGUUUGUUACAGAACUGGAGCAUCAAGAUUAAGAUAAGCACAAAUUGACUCAGGUUGGUAAGCCAUUCCAGGUUUGACACUUGCUGUGCUGUGCAUCACGCAAUUAGGAUGUGGCAUUUGAUUGUUAUAGGUGUAGUAUAGCAUACUUACUUUUACAAUUUCGAUUAUUAGAAUAAAUCUGCCCAUACUCUUGUGA